CUGCUCUCCCUCAUUCUCGACGCCAACGAUGUUGCUACUGGAGCAGAAGACUGUCCUGGUCACUGGGGCAACAGGGUUUCUCGCAAAGAGUACGUUAUAUAUAUAUACUCUGAUAUCACUUUGCUUUGCUUUAUCUUGUUUCGUGUAUUCGUGGAGAAGAUACUGAGGAUCCAACCCAAUGUGAAGAAGGUGCUUGGGAAGGAGGUGUUUAGGGUUUUGAAGGAGAAAUGGGGAGCAGGUUUCCAGUCAUUCAUUUCAGAGAAAGUGGUUGCUGUUGCUGGAGAUGUUUCAUCAGAGGAUUUGGGGAUAGAGGACCUCCAUUUGAAGGAAGAAAUCCUCAAGGAAACCGACUUGGUUCUUAAUUUUGCAGCCAUCACCAAAUUUGAUGAAAGGUACGAUGUAGCACUUGGGACGAAUACUUUUGGAGCUCUGCACGUGCUCAACUUCUCCAAGAAAUGUGCCAAAAUCAAGUUGCUUAUCCAAGUCUCAACUGGUAAUUAAAAUUAAGCAAUGACAUGUAUGCAUGCAAAAACCACCACAAUCCAAACAUUUCACACCACAAAAAACUCACCUACCGAUUUAGCCUCCAAUUAAUAAUGUAAUUUUCCGGUCCAACUGUCGCGAUACGUUAAAAUUUCACGAACAAACAAUACUCCGAUUUCGACAUCGCAGCGUAUGGCUGGAUACUAUGGGUGGCCAAACACGUACACAUUUACAAAGGCAAUGGCAGAGAUGGUUAUGGUGGAUUCCAAAGGGGACAUCCCUCUGGUCAUCAUAAGGCCAACAAUGGUGACGAGUACCUUUCAAGACCCUUUCCCUGGCUGGCUGGAAGGUGUUAGGACGCUUGACGGAUUUAUUGUGAGCUAUGCCAGAGGAAGACUGAAGUGCAUCGUCCAUAGACCAGAUGUCAUUCUUGAUUUGAUACCAGCUGACAUAGUUGUGGAUGCAACUAUUGGGAUAACUGCUAUGGCACUUGCAAACCAGCAUGUGGAUCUGGUUUACCAUUUGGGCUCUUCAUCGAAAAACCCAAUAAGACUGCCAGAGAUCCACAGGUUGAGCAAGGCUUUCUUUGCUAAAGAUCCAUGGAAAAAUCGCCAAGGAAAGCCCGUAAAAGCUGGUAAAGUCACCACGUUCAAUUCCAUGGCUUCUUUCCAUGUUUACAUGGCCAUUCGCUUUCAACUCCCCUUGAAGAUAAUGGGUCUGUUGAGCGCAAGUUGUUGUCACAAAUUGGAAGCAGAUUACGUUGAUCUCAGUCGGCAAUUGAAGUCAGGGAUGCGACUGAUACAACUCUACAAAUCCUAUUUAUUUUUCGACGGAAUUUUCGAUGACACAAAUUUGGAGGUGUUGAGGAAAAGGGCUAGAGAUCAGAAAGGGUUGUACGAGGUGGAUGGGGUUGAACAGUUAAACAUGGAUAUCAAGAGCAUCGAUUGGAAGGGCUACAUCACCAAUGUCCACAUUCCUGGUCUUCUUCAAUUCGUCAUGAAAAAAUGAAUCCAUCUAUGGGCACCAAUUUCCAACACUUUUGGUGACCGUUGGUUUGGUCGCAAUAGAGAAGGCUCUUGUUCUAGCUGGUAUAAUGUAUUACAAGAUAAUAAACAGAAGCAAUGACUUCUUUGGGAGAUGAAGGAGAAAAGCAAUAUUCAAGACGAAAGAGACAAAUACAAAUGAGACGAGAGAUACGUGAUUUAUAUUGGUUUCGUCGAAAUAUUUGAUGCAUUGUAGCAUCGUGGUCGAGUUUGAUUAUUAUUAUUAAUUAUCUUUCAUAUUAAUUAUUGGUUGGACUAUUCGGUUAUUAUUUGGUUAUUAAUAUUAAUUUGUGUUUACAGUUAUUAUCAUUUGUUGUCUUGUCUAGGUAGUAAUCGUUUACUUGUUGGUUUGGGAUUGAGUUUACUUGUCUUGAUCAAAAGGGAAAGAGUUUGUAAGAUUAGUCCUAUAAAUAUGUACUUUUGCUCUUCUAUUUUCAUUCAAGUAAUAAAAUUCAGUAUUUAGUAGUAAA